GGUUGGAAUCUCAAUCCGUUGCGUCGUUUUCUUUGCACUUUGCGUAUCUUUCUUUCCUUUAUUCAUACUAUGUUUCUGCUUUCCCUACUCUAACAAACAACAAAACAAACAACGUUAACAAACUGUCUACAAAAAAAUAAAACCCACUCUGUUUUUCACACAAACCUUAAAUCCACCAUGACGGAAUCAACUAAAUCUCCACCAGAAGCAAGAGGACCCAAUUUGGUUGAAAGAGCCAAGGAAGAAUUUGAGGCUAUAUUGCAUCCUCAUAAGUCUUCAAGCAAUCAUCACAGAGAAACUCAUGGAUUGAAUAGUGACAUUGAUGAGAAUACCUUGUUGGAGGAUGUUAAGGCUCCUAAUGUGUUUGAAAGAGCCAAGGAAGAGUUUCAAGCCAUUGCUCAAGUGUUCCAUCACAACAAUGAGAAGGCUUCAACUCAUGAUAUAAGGAAUGGAAAUCAAACGGCGGAGACGAACCAUAAACAGGAAAUCUCAAGUUCUUCAUCAGAAACAAAGGCAAAAGAAGGCAACAUAUUUCUGAAAGCUAAGGCGGAGAUUAAAUCUGUGAUACAUCACUUUGAUAAAUCAAAACAGCAUCAUCAUGAUAAAGAAACUCAUGGAAUGAAUGAUGAUAUCAAUGAGAAUACUCCUAUAGAUGAAGUUAAGGGACCAAAUGUGUUUGAAAGAGUAAAAGAAGAAUUUGAAGCUGUUUUGCAAGCAAUACAUCCUAAGAAAGAAAGUUGACUGUUUUCAUUCCCAACAAUGGAAGGGUGUUGAAUUGAGUUUCGCCUUGGAUGAGUGUUAUGUACAUGUGAUAAACAGUAAAACAUUUGCUUAUGUAUUUUUGUUGUGAUAUAUCAUAUAUGUCUAUAUGAUUGUUCUAUCCUUCCAAACCCCUUUUUGAUAGUGAAGCACAGCAUCCUUUUGUGCAUGUAAAUUAUGAUUCUUACAAGCAUAUUACAUGAUACAUUCUUCUGCAUGAUUUUCUGGUUUUAUCAGUGAUGCUAGUAAAACUCACCUCUUAGUCA